GGGGUGACCGGCAGCCAGUCGAUGGGGACCCGGGGAAAGAUGGCGGAGACGGACGACAGGCGGGCGCCGUUCACCUGCUCGGAGGGUCCAUCCUCGCAGUAAAACUGUUCACUGGGGAGUUGUUUUUCUUAAGCCUGAAUCCAAAGCGUGGAGAAAGUUUGUUGUUAACCGCUGACCGAAACGUGGGGACAUAAACUCUGUGCAAAGACGUUAAGGAUGAGCCGCCACGCAACAGGCUGGCCGGAGCCGGGACCGGUGCCCCCCCCGCUGCCCCAGGACCAGGUGCUCCGCUCCGGAGCCGUCACGUUCCCCGGUGUGUUUGACCAGCACGGCUGCCCUCUGGUCAUCUUCCCUGCGGACGCUCAGGCCAGACUCUCAGAACUCAGCAAAGCACAAGUCGUGGACUUCAUUAACUAUUUUCAGUGUGUGCACAAUAAAAAGCAGGAAAAGCAGCGUUUAUUGUCGGUGGUGGCUGAUCUGAGGCAGGCCUCGCUCUCUACCACCAGGUUUAUCGUCGAGACUCUGCAUCUGCUUGAGUUUCACAAGCGGAAAGUCCACAGUGUGUACAUCAUUCAGCCCAAAAAGAAAGAUGUAGCGAAGCUGUUGCUGAAACUCCUGACUCCGUCGAAGUCGUGCACAGUUACUUUCAGGAAAAUCUUCCUGAAGGACAUCCCAGAAGUCUCCAACUACAUUGACCGAAGCCAGAUACCAGCAUCACUUGGUGGAUACUUUAGGUACUGUCACCAGAGCUGGGUUAGCUUCAUUAAGGAGAUCGAUGCAUUUGUCCAGGAGUUCCUGUCUGUGGUGCAGCGUCUGCCUUCGUGCGUCUUCAGCCUGCAGGCUUUGUCCAGGCUGCCGUUGCCCUCUCGCCUCAGUGAGCUCCAGCAGUUCUGCAACGCAAAUGAAGCCAGAUUCCUGCAGCUCAGGAGAGAGCUGGGUCUGGACGAGCUGCUGAGACACUGUGAAGCCGUGAUAGAGAAGCUGCGCUCCCCCGACAGGGAGCCCUGCUACCAGGCCGUGGCCGGGACCCCGCUCUUCACCCACACCGCCUUCGACAUGCUCCAGAACCACAGCAGAAUACUUGCAGCUGUGGAGAAGUUGAGCUGCUGUGGGAGCAGGCCUUUUCAAAGGCCCAUACACAGCUCCAGGUCCUCCAGUUACGCAACCAUGCUCUGCAGGUGAGUCUGGACGGGCUUUCACACCUGGGACUGUUUGGUUUAAGUGGUUCAGUCUGGAUCCUUGUGUGCAUUGUGUGAAGCUCUGACUGAGCACUUGAAGAGUGAAUAAACAUCUGCUCUCACCUUUCUAUAAAGGUACAU